CAGAGCGAAGAAGCGGGGACGGGGAUUCCGUCGAAGAGGAGCUGCAUCUCGGGCUCGCGUGGGAUUCGUCGUCGUUGUCGUAGAGGUGUGAGAGAGAGAGAGAGGACUUGUUAAAGCGCUAAUCGGGAUGGUUUACCGGUCGCUUCAGUCGUCGUCUUCUACCCCCGUGGGAAAGGCAGACCAUGACCCGAGCAGCAAGAGCCGUUGCUCAAAACCAUCGUGCCCCCUUCGGCUUCAGCCUUGUUGCAGCAACGCGCUGCAUUUUUCCCUCUUUCCCACCUCCGUCACGAAGAGAGGAGAGCUUUUUUUCUCUUCUUGUUCGUCUUCACGACAUUUCACUUCGCCACUUUCAUCGCCCACGCUCUGCUUGUGGUGGAGGGCUGUCUGAUACGCAUCCAGUUCAGAGAUUUCAUUCUUUUUCCUCCCCUGUUUUUGGGAAGCGUUUUUCAUCAUCCCGGUGGUUGUUUGGUCAGGCGAAUUGAGUCGAAGUUAGGAUUUUAUUUAUUCAUUUAUUUAUAUAUCGUAAUUUGGAUUUUCUUUUUUCUUUUUUUCGGACCGUGGUAGGAGCUUGUAGGGGGAACUUCGUGGGUGUGCCAGAGUUAAUUGGGAAUUCGGGUUUUGGUUUCUGGUAUCGAUGGGGGGUCUGGAUUGCGAGGUGUGAGCUGGGAAGAUGGGCUAGAAGUGGGCUCGCUGGUGAUCGCUUGCGACUUCAGGUUUUUUCUUGUGGAUGUGGUGGUGAGUUUUGCGUGUUCGGAAUGUGAGGCGCAUGUCUGUCGGAAGCCCUGAUGAUUUGUUGAGUUUAAAUGGUCGUUAGUGGACGGUGGGUGUCUCUGUGAAGCUCUCAGUGUCUUCAGGGGUUCCAAGUGUGGAAGAAGAAACCUGCUUUCGUUGUAGCGAUCUUUGAUUCGACAUGAGGCUUGCAGCAUUGGGGUUGUUUGAAGAGGUGGCAGUGCUUAGUCCUCCUCUUUGGUGAAAGUUCUCUUGAGCGGGUCAUUCCGUGGAGGAGAAUUGUGUAGAUGCGUAAGCGUGAAUUUUCCGUGAAUCUGGGACGUUGUGUUUGAAUCUUGAAGGCGUCGUGCGCUGUUGAGCUGCUUUGCCAUGGUGCAAUACCUUGCUGUUAAGCUGGGAGGGAACACCCGAGGAAAGGACCGUGAAAAUUUUGACACAUGUUGUACAAUAUUACAAUGUAGGCACCUGAAAUUGGUGAAAUUGAGUUGACAAGCACUUUUCGAUCUUUGUACAAUCCCCUAUUGAGGUCGAGGAAGGAGAUCUACCCAAAUACUUGGGUGUGUUGAUCGCAUAACGUUCUUACGUUGAUGACAUUGGUGCGGAUGUGAUUUCGCAUCACAAAUAAGUGGCAACGUAGGAACUUUUAAGCAUACGAGCGAUUUCAGCGAAACAGAGUACUUGUAAUGGAUCAUCCUAUGGACGGGUCCGUAGAUAUUGAGAAUGGGUAUCAGUUUAGGAUUGCACAGUCUCUUAACUUACCGGUUGGCAUGUCGCGAGAUGCAUUGCACCUCGACUCAAUUGCCAGGCGAUCUUGGCAAAGGUCAGUUGCUCCGACGAAGAAUAUGAUCGGUGCAGCCAGUACCCUGUCACCCACGAAGACCUCAUACAGCGACAGGUUUAUUCCUAGCCGCUCGAGUUCGAACUUAUCAAGUUUCUCUCUUUUGGAUCGGGCACUAUCAGGAGCCAACAUCGUGCAAUCUAGCGAUAGCAAAGAAGAUGGCUCGGGGGCCUACUCAAUGUUGUUGAGGUCAGAGCUCUUCGGACAAGUUGGAAGUUCACCAGUAACACCAGAAAAGUCUUUCGGAAUUGGUUCCCGAGAUUCAAUGCGGUCGCCCAUCAGUCCGAAAAGUCGGAACAUGUUCCGUUUUAAGAGCGAGUGCAAACCUAGCACCGGGUUGAAUUCUCAGCCAGAGAGCCCUUAUUCCCUUUCGCCCGUGGGAAUUGAUAGUACAAUGACCGGGGCAACCGUAUCGCCUCGGAAAGCGCCGAGGAAAAUUGCGCGGUCCCCCUGCAAGGUGUUGGAUGCGCCGGCUUUGCAGGACGAUUUUUAUCUCAACUUAGUGGAUUGGUCAUCUAGUAAUGUGCUUGCGGUUGGAUUGGGCACUUGUGUGUACUUGUGGAGUGCAUGCAGCAGCAAGGUGACAAAGCUCUGCGAUUUAGGGCUCACGGAUAGCGUCUGCUCCGUAGGGUGGACGCAGAGAGGCACGUAUCUCGCCGUCGGAACCAACCUGGGAGAUGUGCAGAUUUGGGAUGCCACACGGUACAGAAAAGUGCGGACUUUGGGUGGGCAUCGGACGCGAGUUGGGGCGCUGGCAUGGAGUUCACAUAUGUUGUCAUCUGGCAGCCGAGACCGAAGUAUAUUUCAGAGGGAUGUUAGAUCGCCAGAAGAUUUUGUAAGUAAACUUGUAGGGCAUAAGUCUGAAGUGUGUGGACUGAAGUGGUCGUGUGAUGAUCGAGAGCUCGCAUCUGGAGGAAAUGAUAACCAGUUACUUGUCUGGAAUCAGCAUGCGGCGCAACCCAUAGUAAAAUUCAGCGAGCACACUGCUGCUGUGAAGGCCAUUGCUUGGUCACCUCAUCAAAAUGGAUUGUUAGCAUCUGGGGGCGGCUCUGCUGAUCGAUGCAUACGAUUUUGGAAUACUGCUACGAGCUCUCAUUUAAAUUGUUACGACACCGGGAGCCAAGUGUGCAAUUUAGCGUGGUCGAAGAAUGUGAAUGAGAUUGUGAGUACGCACGGCUAUUCUCACAACCAGAUCAUUGUUUGGAAGUAUCCAACAAUGUCUAAGCUUGCUACAUUGACAGGGCAUUCAAUGCGGGUUUUGUACCUAGCCACAUCUCCAGAUGGUCAAACGAUUGUGACUGGAGCUGGCGAUGAGACGCUACGGUUUUGGAAUGUUUUCCCAUCUCCGAAAUCGCAAAGUGCUGUUCGUGAUACAGGUGUUUGGAGUCUUGGACGGACACACAUUCGAUAACCCUGAGCAGGGUGGCGCCCCCAAUAGUUCCCAAUACUUCAUUUAGCCUAGGUGCAAGUACCUAUGUUGCUGUAAUAUGAAGUCGGUAAAUUAAACCUAGGUUACCAAUCGAGGUGUAGGAUUAGAUCUUUUUCCCAUUUGCAAGUCCAAAAAAUAUUGAUGGCUGCACGAUCAUCAUUACCAGCACAUGAUCACAGCCACAUGCAUGGCUGCGUUUUGUAAUAUUUGGCUUCCAAUCUGCAGCUGUAUGUCCCUCAGAGGUAGAAUGGCAAGAGAUUCCUUCUCUACGAUUUCCCACUUGUUACAUUUGUCUCAAUCGAUUUAAAGAAAGGCUUACUGUGACUUUACCCAU